GUUUCCUGAGGCGCCAGGCCCGCCUCUGGGCUGAGAGCCGCUCCUAAGUCCUCCCUGAGGGCAUGGUUCUCAUUCCUUUCUAAUGAUGGCGCCGUCUGGAAAUCUUGGCCACGAUCUCAGGCCUUUGCCAGGGAAAUAACCGUUUAAUCCCCGUGGGAGAAAGCCCUAAGCCUGCCCUCCCCUGACGGGGCACCCUCUGAGGCCGACUGCUGACUUGCCCGCGGCCUCUGGGCCUCCUUCCAAGGAACCCAGGAAUACGACUUUCCCCAAGGAAGGGCUGGCGAAGGGCUGGGACAGACCCGCCUGAAAGGCCAGCUUCCUGGCAGCUGGGGGCAUGGCCUUUAGACAGGGCCAGCUUUUUUGAUCCUGACUGCCCCCUCCUUGUGAUAAAGCCCUUAGGAGCUGGGUAUGCCAAGCCUGGAGGAGAGAAGGAUAAGAGGUGAUAGGAGAGCCCUCUUUAAAUGUUUGAAGGGGUGUCACAUUGAGGAGGGAGCAAGCUUGUUUUCUGCUGCUCCAGAGAACAGGACCCAGAGCAAUGGAAGCAGGCUCCAGGAGAAGAGAUUCCACCUCGACAUUAGGAAGAGCUGUUUGAUAGUGGAGCACACUGCCUCAGAGACUCUUCUUCUUUGGAGGUUUUUAAACAGAGGCUGGAGCACCUGACCCUGCCAUGGCCAUGCCUCCCUGGCUUCAUUUUAAGGCCAGGUGAAAAUUAAAGUGUUUCGUGGCACUCCUUUGGGAUGAAACACAUUUUGGAAAGAUGGGAAGCUACUACAUUAACCGGACCUUUUUCUUUGAUGUACAUCCACCUUUCGGGAAGAUGUUGAUAGGACUUGCUGGCUACCUUAGUGGCUAUGAUGGAACAUUUCCUUUCCAGAAGCCAGGGGACAAAUAUGAACACCAUAACUACAUAGGAAUGAGAGGGUUCUGUGCAUUCCUUGGUUCAUGCCUGAUUCCCUUCUGUUACCUCACGGUUUGGGAGCUAUCUAAAUCAUUGCAGGCAGCAAUGCUCACAGCUGCCUUUCUGAUCUUCGACACAGGGUUCAUCACGCUCUCUCAAUACAUUCUUCUUGACCCCAUUCUGAUGUUCUUCCUCAUGGGAGCUGUAUUCAGUAUGGUCAAAUACAAUUCCUGUGCAAACAGGCCCUUUUCUGCCCUCUGGUGGUUUUGGCUGUGUUUGACUGGAAUAAACCUUGCUGGUGCAAUGGGGGUGAAAUUUGUUGGCCUUUUUGUAGUCCUCUUUGUUGGACUGAACACUGUGUGUGAUCUUUGGGAGUUGCUGGGAGAUCUCAGUCUGUCAUUGGUCACUCUGGGGAAGCACUUUCUGGCUCGUGUACUCUGUCUCAUUUUGCUGCCACUUGCCCUCUACACUGCUCUGUUUGCUGUUCAUUUUGCAGUCUUAAAUAGAAGUGGGCCUGGUGAUGGCUUUUUCAGUUCUGGAUUUCAGUCUCGGCUGAUUGGAAACAAUCUUCAUAAUGUAUCUGUUCCAGAAUACUUGGCAUAUGGCUCUGUAGUUACAGUAAAGAACCUUCGUAUGGCAGGUGGAUAUCUUCACUCUCAUUGGCAUUUAUAUCCUGAGGGAGUAGGAGCACAGCAGCAGCAGGUUACUGCAUAUUUACAUAAAGACUUGAAUAAUUUAUGGAUUAUAAAGAAACACAAUGUGAACAAAGAUCAUUCAGACCCAUCCUUCCCUUUGGAGUUUGUGAGGCAUGGAGAUAUUAUUCGCCUGGAACAUAAAGAGACUUCUAGAAACCUGCACAGUCAUCAACAUGAAGCCCCCUUGACAAGAAAGCAUCUUCAGGUUACUGGGUAUGGCAUAAAUGGAACUGGGGACUCCAAUGAUUUCUGGCGAAUUGAGGUUGUAGGAAGAAAAGCUGGGAAACGUAUCAAAGUCCUACGUAGUCAACUCCGACUGAUUCAUCUAGCUACUGGCUGCAUCUUGGGUUCAACUGGAAAGACGCUACCAAAAUGGGGCUGGGAGCAAGUGGAAGUCACUUGCACUCCAUAUCAGAAGGAGAAUCCUAAUACUCUCUGGAAUGUUGAAGAUCACAUCAAUCCUAGAUUGCCGAAUAUCAGUUUGGAUGUUCUGAAACCAUCCUUUCCAGAGAUUCUGCUGGAGUCUCACAUGGUUAUGAUCCGAGGAAACAGUGGCCUCAAGCCAAAGGAGAAUGAAGUCACAUCCAAACCCUGGCAUUGGCCCAUCAAUUAUCAGGGCCUCCGUUUUUCUGGAAUCAAUGAAACAGACUAUAGAGUUUAUUUACUAGGAAACCCGGUGAUCUGGUGGAUGAACUUAAUCACAAUUGGAUUAUAUCUCUUCAUGACAAUAUUUGUAUCUGUGGCCAUGAAAAGAGGAGUCCAGCUGACAGCUGAGCACAAAGAGCUCUCUGAAGUCCUGCUAAAUGGUGGAGGGAAGAGUUAUGCUGGGAUGGCUUCUUCAUUAUCUUCCUUUCUUCAUGAUGGGACGCGGGGUGCUCUAUUUUCUCAUUAUUUUCCUGCCAUGCUUUUCUCCACUAUGUUGACAGGGAUUACCUGGGAUGUAUUUCUGAAAUUCUGGGCUGGGCCCCAGUCAUGCAGCAUCCAAAGGAGAAAAGUUUACAAAUAUGGGAUAGUGAUAUUGAUCCUGCUCAGUAUGUAUAGCUUCUACCUCUUCCACCCUCUCUCCUAUGGGAUGGUAGGACCUCUGGCUUCUGAUACCAACAGCCCAAUGGCAGGACUUAGGUGGCUGGAAACAUGGGAGUUCUAGAUCCAGCCUGAAAGAAGAAGGGAGCAAAACAGAAGAACAGAAAUGGUGAAACCUUCACUGUGAAGAAUCUUUCCCAGCAGUGUUUCUGUGCUGAUACAGACAGUGGACUGUGCACCUCAGGCCCUGAGAAAAGCUGGCAGCAGUGAAGGAGAAUAUAGUUUUUUGUGGGUUUUUCGGACUAUGUAAAUUGAAGGAGAACUUUGGCCAAGUGGCCUAGGGUUCCAGUUACUUGAUCCAGUUGCUGCUCUCAAGAUUGAACCAUCCAAGCAAUAUGUUUUAAGCCUGGCCUCUACAGCAGGAUUAUUUGUGUGAAAAUUUGGGGAUGUGUGUUUGUUUGUUUGGGCAAGAGUGUAGCUUAGUGCUGUCUCUCCUCAUGUGUGAUUUAUUAGAGCACAGAAAAUAUCAAACAUACAUAGAGAUGAGACAGACUUUGAUAUCAGGGUAGUUUACAUCCAAGAACUUUUUUAUCAUUAUGUUUUUAAAACUACAUGAGAGUAGGUGGGUAUAUGCACACAGACACCACGUAUAUGUCUUCCUGUGGGAGUUCUGUGACUGCUCCUCUGGACUUCAGAAACUUUGACUUAAUCGUUACAAUAGUGUGAAGCCUUUGGAGACUCUGUGCCUUGUUUACUUUUCAAACAAAAGGCAGUUGAUUUUUUCCCAUUUUUGCACAACACCUUUGCUCUCAGAGUACAGAGAACAACUUGAAAGAACUGUAAGGAUCCCAUGCGAGAAUGAAAUCGUAGCAUUCAAGUUGCUACACUGCUCCUUUGUUUAGAAAAGUCUAAGACUGAUAAAACUGGUAGCUUUUUACUUUUGUUUUAGAUUUUCUGCCCUAAAUUCCCUUUGAGAAUGACGUAAAAGUUACACAGUAGAUUAGAGAUUAUGCUAGGGCCUGUCACUCAUUCUGUUAGCCUACUAGUACUUAAUUCUGUGAAGAAGCUGCUAUCUCUUUAAUGAAUGCCAUAUACAGAAUAGGCAACUAACAAUAGGCUGCUGGAACAGUUUCUUUGUUAAAUGCAUAUAGGUUUUGAGGAGACAUUAGUCUGUUUGCAGUGAUAAACUAUCUAGAAAAAGUUACUGAAAAGAUUAAAGGCAGAAGUAAAGAAGUCUUCACCUGGUUACUGAAGAGAGCUUUUCUUUAUCUACUUCUGAGAAAGUGUGAAAUAAGUCUUGAGAAGAGAUCUUGAGUGAGUUAUUGUGUACCACAGUUUUCCAAAGCAAAUUUGGCUUCAGCUAUAAUUACAUAGCUUCCUUGAAGCCUCCUUUGCAUAAGUGUCAAGAAAAUUGAGGCCAUCCAAUAAUUCAUUUUAGCAUCUGUAUUAAAGCCUGAAGCCUGCCGCGUCCUAUUGCCCUGUACCAUCCAUCAUCAAAGGGCUGUUUCUGUUGGCAUGGAGACUAAAUGCCAGCAUCCCCAGGAGAGGUUGGAUAGAUAUGAAGUGUGUUGAUUGCUGAAGACUCUGGCUGCUAGAUUCAUUGAAAGGGGGGGGGGGGAAUGCAGGUCUAUGCUUAGUUUGGCUUAUUUAGUUAAAUAAUGUCACUAUGACCAACCCUUUAGUGGCAGUAGUUUUAGAUUUUGAUUGUAUGGGCAGUAUCCAGCAGUGGAAUUCUGCUGGCAGAACAAUGUAAUUUAGCAGAAAACGCAUCCCCUCCAAAACAAACAAACAAA